AUGGCGAUCCUGUACGCGCUGGUGGCAAGGGGAUCGGUGGUGCUAGCAGAGUUUAGCUCGACAGCAACGAACGCAAGCGCGAUUGCUAGGCAAAUAUUGGAGAAGAUACCUGGCAAUGAUGAUAGCAACGUCUCUUACUCUCAGGAUCGUUAUAUUUUUCAUGUUAAACGCACAGAUGGCCUCACCGUGCUCUGUAUGGCCGAUGAAACCGCCGGCAGAAGAAUUCCGUUUGCAUUUCUUGAGGACAUUCAUCAGAAAUUUGCAAGGACUUAUGGUCGUGCAGUUAUCACAGCUCAAGCUUAUGCCAUGAAUGAUGAGUUCUCCAGAGUUUUGAGCCAGCAAAUGGAGUAUUUCUCUAAUGAUCCGAAUGCAGAUAGGAUAAAUAGACUGAAAGGUGAAAUGAGUCAGGUGCGAAAUGUCAUGAUUGAAAACAUCGACAAAGUUUUGGAGAGAGGUGAUCGCUUGGAAUUGCUGGUUGAUAAAACCACUAACAUGCAAGGAAACACCUUCCGUUUCAGAAAGCAAGCUCGCCGUUUCAGAAGCACAGUAUGGUGGAAAAAUGUCAAGCUUACGGUUGUUUUGAUCUUAAUACUACUGGUGAUUAUCUAUGUUGUGCUGGCUUUUGUAUGCCAUGGAGUUACACUACCUACAUGCAUAAAGUAA